GUUCCUCCUCCUGAGCCUCCGCACCCUCCGCACCCUCCGCACCCUCCGCACCGGGAGCCCAAACACUCUUCUGCUCGGACUUUGGAGUCGUCUAUGCAAUCUCAGGUCCCUCUGGCUGCAGGAGAUCAGGGCAGUUUGCUCACCACCCUGUUUCCCGGUCUCCCUACCCCGCAGAGCUCUCCUGCCAGUUUCUUAGUCGCUCAUCCUUUUCUGCCUCUGUCUGUUGUUCCCCACCUGCCCAUCCCCGGCCUGUUAGCCUGCCCACCUGGCUUACUUAGGCUUCGGGACCCAGGCCAACGCCUGGGCACGAAAUGGGAGUCCAUAGGUUCCGUGGGAGUAGGUUCAGGGAGCCAGGAGGUGGAAUUUCAUACUGGGACCAGAAUCUGUCGCCAGCUUUUGCAGCACCUUGGGCAGGAUCAGAGUCCUGGAUCGUCAAAGCCCUUGGUUAAAUUUUAUUUUUCUCUUUUUAAAAACAUUUCGGAGGACUCUCGGGCGCAGAGGGCUGAAUGCACUAGUGGGGCUGCUGAAGGCCCUUGGGGAGUGUAUAAGUGUGUGUGUGUGUGUGUGUGUGUGUGUGUGUGUGUGUGUGAGAGAGAGAGAGAGACAGAGAGACAGAGAGAGAGAGAGAGACAGAGAGAGACAGAGAGAGAGAGAGAGAGAGAGAGAGAGAGAGAACGAGAACUCAGGAACAGCUGCAGAGUUGCAGUAGCCGAACUCGGAAUGAGCUCCUUUCUAGACUUUGCCUGUAGUUUGGCCACCCACCCCCUUUUUCCCUUUUUCCUUUCUCCAUUCUUUUUCUCUUCUCCUUUUCCUUCCUCUCCAUCUUUUUUUCUUUUUCUUUGUCUCUCUCUCUCUCUCUCUCUCUCUCUCUCUCUCUCUCUCUCUCUCUCUCUCUCUCACACACACACACACACACACACACACACACACACACACCCCUGGUGUAAGUAUAAUCCGACCUCCGUUUAUCUGAGUGUUAUGCCCUUUGCUCUUUCUCAUUUAAGUUAAUUAUUUCGUACUUGAUCGUGACAUGGAGGGGAGAAGGAACCCCCGCCCACAUGUGCUUCCCGCCAAGGGUUAAAUUGUAAAUGGGGCUCUUUGAUUUCCCGGGAAUUGGGGGGUGGGUGUUGUUGGUGCUGGAGAGUAUGCUUCUCCCCCCCCCCCCUUUGCUGCACAAGCUAAUAACUAAUCCAAUUUAUUGGAUCGAUUCUUUUUUGACUUUAUGCUGAAAUUCUGUUUCUAAAAUUUUAAAGCGAUAGGCCAGAGGAAGGCAGAGAUUUAGGGGUGUGGGGAAGAAUCCUGUAUAAAGGGGGACCCUGCCAUUGAAAGACUCGGGGCCCUCUUGGAGCUUUGGUUUGCUUAAUUAAGUGCAUCGAAAGCUGUUCAUAUUUAUUUUUACUUUUUACUUUUUCUUUUUUCUUUUCUUUUCCUUUUUCUUUUUUUGGCGUGUGUUGGAGGGGGUUUGAACAAAAAUUUGAAAAUCGAGAAAAAGGAGCGAGGAGUGAAAACCAUUGUUGGAUGCACUUGGUUUUAACCUCGACAGCGCCACCUUUCGGCAAAGGUCGCUAUCCACUAGUACUUUGUGAGGAGGAAUGAAUUGUCUAUUAAUUUGUCAUUCAGAUGGACGUCUGUGCAAUCAAAUAGGCCCCACUUACUUUCUUGUUUUGUAAAGAUUUUAUAUCUAGUAAACUUAAAGGCUUGUAUCAUGUGACCAAAAGCUGUUCCCGGUUGCAAGUUGAAGCCUCUUUCCCUUUGAAGACACAUCCUUUAUAAUUUUUAUUAGAGGGAGGAAAGUGACCAACUGAACUCAUCUACCAGGAUGUAAAAAGGUCAGAAUUGUAUCUCCAGUCCUCAAACUGACCAUGGUAACUGGACUCAGGGGUGAUAAUCUGCCUCCUCCAAACCUGCAGGCACAAAGAUACUGAGACUUGCUGUACUCCAGAGUUCUCGGACCAACGAUAUAGCUGUGAGCAGAAGCAUAUGAACAUAAGUCAGCAUCCAUUCUCAAAGAAUAUUCAGAAAUCAUGAGAUGGCCAAGUUGGGAAGGACCUCAGAGGACAUUCGGGGCAUCUCGUCCAGCACGUAGCUGGACAGGAACCAUCAUAAGUGGCCCAUCCAGCCUCCACUUGAAGACCUCCAGUGUUGGGAACCCAUUGCCUCCCAAGGCAACACAUUCAAUUUUUUACAAAAUUGUUAAGAUGUUUUUCCUUGCAGCAAGCUAAAAUCAGCCCCUCUGCUCUCUGUUGCUCAUAGUUCUGCCUUCUGAGGUCAAAUAGGAAAAAGUCUAAUCUCUUGUCCAUAUGCUAGCCCUUGAAGUCCCACUACACCUGGGGUUAUCUCCAGUCAUCCUGAUCUAUGUCUUGUCACUGGACCUAGAUGGCUCUGGAGGAGAGAGUGAGGCUGAUGACUUCGCCCAGCUCUGCCUCACUUAAAUCCAGUUUACUUGCAAGUCAAGACAUCACUUUUCUGAUGUCAUUGGUCCUCUUCAAAAAAUGAGGGCAAACAACGAUUUCUUCUCUAUCUUAAAAAUAAUAGCGGGUUAAAGCACCGGCUCUGGAUUCAGGAGUAUCUGAGUUCAAAUCCGGCCUAAGACACUUGACACUUACUAGCUGUGUGACCGUGGGCAAGUCACUUAAC